CCAUUGCUGCACAAGAACAAGCAAGGUGUGGCAUUGCUUUAAUUUUUGUAUAAAUAGCCAAAACUGCAAGGUGGUAAGCACAGUUGCAUCCUAGCUGCAGUCUAAACAACAAUCAAACACUCACCAUGAAAUUCCUGAUUGCUUUCGCCGCCAUCUUGGCCGUUUCCGCUGCUGUAUAUGUAGCCCCAGUUGCUCAUUACUCCGCUGCUGCCUACACUCCAUACGCUACUCCAUAUGCCUUUGGAGCUCACCAUCUGUAUAAGCGUGGAAUCUACGCCGCUCCAGUAGCUGCCUACACCCAUGGUGCCUAUGCCCAUGGUACCUAUGCCCACCAUGCCUACGCUACCCCAUACGCUGGUGUCUAUGGAGCUCACCAUCUCUACAAACGUGGAAUCUAUGCUGCCCCAGUAGCUGCUUACCAUGGUGCUUAUGCCCAUUCUGCCUACACCACCCCAUACGCUUUUGGUGCCCACCAUUUGUACAAGCGUGGAGUCUAUGCUGCUCCUUUGGCCUACACCGGAUACUCCCAUGCUGCCUACACCCCAUACACCGCCUACGGUGCCCACCAUCUGUACAAGCGUGGAGUCUACGCCGCCCCAAUUGCUGCUUACCAUGGUGCUUCUGUCGCUCACACCGCCUACAACACCCCAUUCGUCCCACGUUACCACUAUUGAAUGUUUUGAAAUUAUAAGGAAAUCUAGGCGCAAUAAAUAAAUAACAUACGAC